AUGCUGGAAAGGGCUUGGCCCCCUCGAGUAAAAGAGAAAAACACAGGAAAAUUAGUUGUGGACCAAACGUGUGCCUCACUCCAAGCUGGCCUCAAGCUGAACGAAAAUCGCAAGACAAGACAACGACGCAGAUGGAGUCCAUUCUGCGAUUUUUCACUGAUAGCGAGAAAGAUCAACAGAAGAAUUAUGGACUCGGGACGAUCAAAUUCAGCCUUGCUUAUGAUUUCUCAAGCUCCACAUUUAUAG